CGCCGUAUUCCUCUAUUCGAUUCAGUCGUACGUGUUCGCUCGUUGCUUUCGUUCGGUUUGAUUCCAUUCGGUUGUGUUUCUCGUUCGAGAACAUUCAUUUAUAAUUUUUUAGUCCUCUGCACCGGUUUUUGUGUUGUAUAUAUACUUCUAUAUAUCCAGGAAAUCGUUGGACAAAGGAGCGUGCAGACCGAAAAGAGAGCGAGCGAGUGA